AUGGAUUCUAAUGCGCUAUACUACUCUCUGGAAUUGGUUUCUGGGAAUGGUUUAACUCUGAGCUGUGAACAGAAGGCAGCUCUGCAGACAUCCUUAGUAAUUCUGAAAAGGAACUACAGAUUCACCCGUGUGCUGUUUUGGGGCAAGAUUUUGGGUAUAAAGGGCGACUACUUUAUAGCACAGGGUAUAACAGAGGAUGAGAUGAGGGACAAGAAGACUCUGUACAGCUUAAACUGCAUGGACUGGCAGCUGUUGCCUCCCCCGACAGACACCAUGCUGGCAGAGGUGUCAGCAGCGGCGAAGGGACGCUUCACGGGGGACCCCUCUUUCGAGUAUGAGCGCGUGGAGACACGGAGGCAGGGGGAGGGUGACGAGGCCAUGAAGGAAGAGUUCACGAUGAAGGUGAGCGAGGAGAAGAGGCUGGCAGCCACGGUGAGCGCCAUCGACAGGGAGGUCUCCGUAGUGCCACGCGGUGCCUUCAUCAGGAGCCCCCAUGGCACAGUGCAGACCAACCGCAGCUUCCAGGGGCUGUCCUGUUCAGAAGCUGGGAAGCUAAACAACUAUCUGCACUUCACUGAGCCUAAAUACUUGAAGAAGAAAUCCAUUCUGGAGAUGGCUGAUCUUGACCCCUCCAUUGACUUCCUGGACCCCUUAAGUGAGGAUAUCCCAAAAGGGUCAUGGAGCCUGCAGUUUGAGGGCAAUGUGUGUGUGUUGCGCAGUCUGCUGUGGCUCGGUCUGACCUUCUUUCACGUGCCAAUGACCCCACAGCAUGGCUACAUCUACAUGGGCGACGGGCUAAAGAACAUGGACCUGCCCUUCAUGCUAUAGGAGGACGAGAGAGCGCCGCCCUGCUGGGACCGCACC